AUGAUGCGUGAGCAGGGUAAGUUGAAGCGAAGACAGUCGAAGUGGACAUGAAGACGAAUUUUCCCCCACAAACAGUGUGAUCGCAACGUAUUUCGCGUUUGGAGGCCAGAUCAUAAUCACCUGCAUCGAGCUACAAUGCGUGACCGAUCUCAUGAAAUGUUGGCCAAAAUUCCGGAAUGUGUUUCCGAUUGGGAAGGACUACUUAAGUAAGGCUGUUACACUGAUUAUCAUGCAGCAUAACCCUCAAACAUUUCAGACUCGCCAGGACGUCGGCUUUUGAAUGCACUUCUUUUUGACCUUAUGAGGAAAUCACAGUAGGCAAAAAUGACUACUUAAUUAUCAUGCACUAUUCCUAUUGAUUUUCGGUGGUCUUAUAAAUUCAAAUAUAUUUCACAGAGAACAUGCCCAAAAUGUGUUUCCUUUUGCUCAUUUGGUAGGAAAUCACGUUGUCUCCAUAUUGUAGGCCCGAAGAGAGUGUAUACUUGGGUUUUGAAAAAGUUUCCCAAUUCCCGAUUAAUCUCCAGCCUGAUCUGCCAUUGCAUCAGCGUUUAGCACUUUCAGUCUACAAGUUGCAUGCUUUCCGCGUAAGGAAAAUCAUAUAUUCCUCUAUACCUUUAAGCAGAUAUCACAUGCAGUUCAUGAAAUUUUGCAAUGGAUCCGGACUGUGUUGUACAUUUCAUGAGGAGCAUUAGUAAACAGACAUGUGCGGUCUUGCAUGCAUGGACAUCGCACGGUCUUAAAAAUCUCAUAGUUAUAAACUUUUUAAAACCUAAGUACACACGCUCUUCGGGCCUAAAAUAUGGAGGCAACGUGAUUUCCUACAAAAUGAGCAAAAAAGCAUAUUUUGUGCAUUUUCUCUAUAAAAUAUAUUUGAAUUUAUAAGACCAUCGAAAAUCAGUAGGAAAAAUGCAUUUUACAUAAGAAGUCAUUAUUUACCGAGUGUGGUUUCUGCAGGUCUAAAAGAAGUGCAUUCAAAAGCCGAAAUCCAGGCGAGUCCGAAAUGUUAUAGGGUUAUACUUCAUGAUAAUCAGUAUAACAGCCCCACUUAAGUAAUCCUUCCUAAUCGGAAAUGCAUUCUAGAAUUUUGGCCAACAUUUCAUGAGAUCGGUCACGCACCUUAGGGGCAGUUACUAUCGGAACAGCUGCAUUUUUGCGGAACAAGAACCUUGAACGACAAUAAGAAUGACCAAGUCUAACUGCGAGAGAGAGAGAGAGAGAGAGAGAGAGAGAGAGAGAGAGAGAGGGAGGGAGAGGGAGAGAGAGGAAUUCGCUUUAUUUUGAAAUCGUAAGUUCAAAAUUCUCAGCAAAAAAUUAGCUCCAUUCACUGUGGGCAGUAAAUAAGAGAUUAAUCAAGAGUCAAAGAAACGAUUAUUAUGGGGAUAGUUAAAGUCUUAGCUUCUGUAUUUCUGUCUCUUCGCACGUAAGAUAGCGCGCUAGGAAUGGCAAUACCGAAGCUCGAUAAGCCGAUGUGCGACAGGAUAUAAGUCGGAAGCUGCGGCGCAUCGGGCGGGAAGACUUCGCAGACAUAAGAUCGAAAUGUAAGGGUCUGUACUGGUCUGUACAUAUAACACAGCUUUAAAAGCUGACGAAAAUGGUCAGACAAACAAUUCACCUGUAUCAGUAUCAGUCAAACUAGUCGGAAAUGUUCUUCUGAACCGACUCGAGGAAGAGUAAACCACCUAAUCCUCUCUUCUUCCUGUCACAUGACGCGACCGUCUGAACAGGCUUCAGAAAAGAACGCCUGAAUGUGAGGGGGGGGGGAUAUUUCAAGCAUUACACGUGGGUGAGUUCCUUGUUUUUUGUCGGCAAACUUCUGAUCUCUUCAGAAGUUGAUUUGGGACCUCUGAAACCCUGUCACACCAGUUGCGUCCAAAAGAGGCCUUGGUGGAACUUUAUUGUCUACCUACCCCUUUAUUAUCUUAUCCCGCCCAAGUCUGAAGUGGUUAAACAAAUAUACAGAGCAAGCCGGCAAGUUCCCGAUGCGACAAACGCCCAUCAAAAUAACACGGGAUGGCCUACCACUCCACACAUCGCAGAGGCAGUAAACAAAGAGGAAACGAACGGGUGUGCAGGUACCAUAUGCGUGGUAAACAAGGGCUCAAUUGGCCUCCCUCCAUCCCUUCUGUGAGCUUUGAGAAGGAGUCCCCACUGGCCAUGGCGAAAUCCGUUCUCGGCGUAGCCAUUACAAUCAGCAUAAACACUUUGUAUAACCACCGCACGGCAUCCUUAAAGCAGACCCGAACAUAGGCGCGUUCAUUGCGUUAAUACUCUGGACAAUAAAUCAAGAUAAACUCAAUCUCGAGCGGAGAAGCGACGUCGAGUAGCUUGAAAAUUUGUAGCUUGGCUGCUGACUACCCAGUGGGUCUACGGGUGGUCUAACAACUGAUCCGCCAAGUUAGCGGUAAGCCCUCUACACUGAGUGACUCUGUUCGCGACGUGAACGGUGGCUUUAUUGCCAACACCUCGGCCAAAGCCGAGCGCUGUUGUAAGCACUUCGACCACCAUCUCAAUUUCGACACCCAACCUACCUCGCCCUUGCUCUCCUCUUCAGCGGAGUUUCUUCCUUCUCCUACCUAUGCAGUGUCAUACGACCCCCCCCCCUCUGAAGGAGAAGUUGUCGAUGCCAUACGGAGGUUGCUCAACAAUAACCACCCCGAGAGGACGAUAUAAGCACUGAAAUCUACAAGUCUGGUGUCAACACUCUGGCGCCUUGGCUCCAUGAGGUGAUUGAACGAGCGUGGAAAGCUGUAGCUUGGCUGCUGACUACCCAGUGAGUCCACGAGUGGCGGAUAGUGGAGAGACUGUCAGCGAGGCUUAGCUGCUAAAAUAAGCAGGUUCUCAGGUAUGAUGAAUAAGCACAGUCACAGACCAGUGGCGACUGUGCUAUCAGGGCUGAGGUCUGGCACGCCGGCUGUCUUGUAAGCUACCACGAAGCCCGGUGACAGGGCUUUGACAUGGCGAUCUAUAAACAAAUCUGUCUGCAAUCGUUGCCUUGUGGUUGGGUUCUUGAGUCAAAAUGCUAGAAGAGGCGACCUCGAACAAACAAUCCGUUCGGGGCCAGUCUGCACUCAAAAUUUCGGAGGAACCACAUGGAAAAGUGACACCGCACCGCCUGGGGACAUUUUGAUGGAAAACAGGCUCAAACUACCAUCCCUCAGGCCUCCUCCUCCUUCUGUAGAGUUAUCUCUACCCGACAUUAAUGGUAGCGGGCCGGGCUUCGAAAGACAGCAUUAAGUGGAACUGUGUCAUCACAUGCGAGAGAUUUUCUACCCGGCUGCAACGGGUGGAGGAGAGGAGAGAGCGGCAAGAGCGAUUCGGAUGACUUCAAUCCGUCCUGGGCUGCGGAACUAAGAAGCAGUCCCCCCAUUCGCUUUUGACAGGCAGCUCGGUUGCCGGCUGUGGGAGGCUCCGACAACCGAGUCGAUGUGCUUCCAGCGUGUAGGUCAUGCAUAGUAGGCAGCUUUGCUGUCGCAGUGGCCACUUGCAGCGGCGUAUGGAGUGGCACCUUACGAGUAAAUUCGAUCGCACCCAACCCCCUGAGAAGCCAUCGUAGGAGUCUGGCGCAACAAGGGUGGAAUGAUGCUUUUUCCUCCAAAACGACUGCUCCUGCUACUUUGACAAUGUCGUACAUGGAGAAUGUGGACAUCUACAAUUCCCGAUUGCAACCGACAGGAUACCGUGCCCGUGGCUCAGUGGGUAGAGGUGUUGGAAUUCUAACCAACAGGUCUCGGGAUCGAGCCCCAGGUGUUCCACGCUUCGGGAUUGAGUAUGACUGCCUGACGACGGCUAAUAGGCCAGAAAUGGCCAUUCUGGUCUCCCUUGGCUAGAUCACACACUGCUGUGCGGCCGCUGAUUGGGCUCAAGAGAGAGCCCGUAAGGCACAACGGGACGAGUGAGUUCCGGAAAACGAUCGAUGAACGCCCCUCUCCCUAAUUUGGUGGACAGACAAGGAGAUGAAUUUGAGAGCGAUCGCAGUGCAGGGGAAAUGCCGGAAAAACGAGGUAGGCAGUUAUCAAACGAACGACAAGUAUGUGUUUAUUAGUGGGUGCGACUGUUACUUCCUAUUCCCCUACACUGAUGAUUAAAAUCCCGGUCGCAUGUUUGAGCUGCCAUUAGGUAGAUAUUUUUGACGGGAACCCACCGUGGAGUCAAGUCCCAGCGGAAACAUCGAUGACGAUCAGGAUCAUUUUUGGUUAGAAAACCCGCUGGGCCACACUACGGAUAAGGGUGAGUUCGUGCACUACCGGGAACGGCAGACGUUCUACCGCCAGAGUUGUCUAUCGUUGUCGCAUAGGAGCUGUCUUGAAAGCAAGUUAAGGCAUUCGGCAAAACAGCCUUAGGUUCACCGGUGGUGGGACCGUCAUAAAUCAAAAGUAGAGGACCCGAUGGGAUGUCGGAAGGCUAACGUUACGCAACGCCGCUGACCGUACCCGGUGCCUGGCAGCCUACCAAACAACUUCAUGUGGGAGGUCAUACUGCAACUUGAUGUGGACUGUUAAUGCUUGUCUGUCUCGAGGAAUAGUAAUCCAAUUCCCCUGGGUCUAUGACUGCGAAAUCAAGGGUCUGUGGCACAUGUAAAAAUGACACAGCGUCCACUUGUAACAUGACAGAGGAAGAUAACUGGCAGAGAAGUGACGAGAGUCGAGAUGGCAUUUUCAACUUCGCGAUCAGCAGGCAGCCACAGGCCACACGGAUUGCAGGUCUCAAUGGCGGAGCAGUUGUUGGAUGAACAACGUGGUCCAAGUCUUUCCGGUUUUGGGUUGACUGGCUAGCUGACGAUAAUAAGCGAGUCAGAAACGGUCAUUUCAGUCUUAUUUGCUUGCGAAAUGUGUGCAGUGCGAAGACGGCACCUUCUGGCAGCGACACAACGGCAAGCGUAUCCACCUAGGCAGUCCAAUCUGCACACCCUACCAAGGAGUAUAACGGUACUGUACUUUAUUCAGUCUCUAAGCUAGGGAGGGAACUUCUGAGAUGCCAAACCCCGUUUUGGCCAAGCAUCCCCAAAGACGGCAUCCACUACGUGUUCAAUGGUGUGGGCGCAACACCGGUAACUCAGGCGUUUAUUAGUUUGUAGUGAGACUGACUUGCAAAGCGUUUGCCGCACUCCGUCAGUCAGCCUGACUGGGCGGAAAGACGAUUUCAGGACGGCCGAAGGUGGAUACGGGGGACAGUGGCGGGCAACCCAAGCAGUCCGAUUACAUGGGUCACACGGUCUGAUCCCUACAACACAUGCCAGGCCUUCAUGCGGGCAGUUUGGAUCUCAUAUGGGUACUGUGUGCCAUAAAGGUCACAUUAAGGAGCCCAGCGAACUGGGUGGAAUGGGACGAUGGCACAUUUUGGCAAUCCAUGCUCACCAUCGAGCAUAACUGCACUGCGCUUCAUACCGUCUCAAAGCUAAUUAUGGCUGAACCCAGUUAGCAUUAUUUCAAGUUUUGUGCGUCAAGCACCCGUGUUCAUUUUGCCAGGAAAUGCUUAGGUAAACGCAGGCAAUGGCAUUCCUCUGGAUGAGACGCUUUGCGUCUGAAGAAUAGUCUGAAAUUCCUAGGUGUCCGACAGUUCUACCGUUCCGAGAGGCGAUAUCCACCGCCUGCUCUACAGUGUGGCCGCAAAGCCGGUAACUCGCGCGUGAAUUAUUCUGUCGUGAGACCGACUUGCACAGCAUCUACUGCACCCUGUCCUCUGUCAACAACUCUGCCACGGCGUAAAGAUGAUUUCAGGGCGACCGAAAGUGGAUACAGGGGGGGAGGGCAUUGGCUGGCAAACCCAAACAGUUGGACUACACGGGUCACACGGCCUGGCCCCUAUAACUCACGCCAGGCUUCACAGAGGACAGCUCGGAUCUCAUAUGUGUGUGGGGGUUUCAUAAAGAUCACACUAGGAAGGAGUCAUUACAACCUGAGGAGGGAUUCCUAUUCUCGUCUCCCCAUGUUCCAGUCGAUUGUCUGGGUGAUGGGAUUGGGAACAGUGGCUGACGUAGCGUGAGGACCUACGUCUACAACGUGCCACGCGCGCGCGCACAACAUUAGUGAUGAGGUAGCGUGCACUCUGCGCUGCCUGAUAAACGCGUGCUGCGAGCCAACGUGAUCCCGUUGAGGUCUGGCGAAUCUGCAGCGCAGCCAGUUUGGAGAGGCAAAUUCAGAGUGGCCAAAUGGUUGUUCACAGUACUGGAUGGCAGCAGACAAUAUAAAGUUCAGAGACAACAUUUUCGAAAGACAAAGAGUCCUCAUAAUGUCGCAAAAGACUAAUGAAACUAGUUAAUCUGAGAUGCCUACUGUGAUUCCUAGACUAAUCUCCUUGAAAUUUUUGUAUUUCUUAUUGGACCAUGCUAAGGUUUAGGGAGUACUGCGAUCAAAAAUUUGAGCGUGAUGGAGCUCUGACGAGGACCGGAAGAUUAUCCCCUGCUGGUGGAUUUUCGGCAAGAGAACCGAUCAGAAGGGCCGGUGGCGUCAUUUAAACACACGUAUCCCCAGAUACGGUGGCGAGCCAUUAAUGCCUAAUAGAUAUGCAGAUUUCUGUUUUGAAAGAGUCACAGUAAACAGCGUUAUCAGAUGAUGAUGAUGAUGAUGAGGAGGAGGAGGAGGAAGAAGAAGAAGAAGAAGAAGAAGAAGAGGAUGAUGAUGAUGAUGCUGAUGAUGAUGAUGAUGAGGAGGAGGAGGAGGAGGAGGAGGAGGAGGAGGAGAAGGAGGAGGAAAAAGAAGAAGAUGGUCAUGAUGAUUAUGAGAAAGAAGGAGAAGAAGAAGAAGAAGAAGAGGAAGAAGAAGAUGAUGGUGAUGAUGAUGAUGAUGAUGAUGAUGAGGAGGAGGAGGAGGAGGAGGAGGAGGAGGAGGAGGAGGAGGAGGAAGAAGAAGCUAUCGCUGGAACAAGGACUUUGGUUGCCUGA